CCCCCCCCCCCCCCCCUACAUGGGCAUCUCGAGGCGCUGCUCCCCACACAGAGCUCACUCGGGGCCGCUACUGACAAGGUGACGCGCCGCCGGACGUUCCGGAGGAGGAUGGGCAGACGCGAGGCGCACGGCGGAGGCGCAGUGAGCACCAGCCGCGGCUCCGAGCUCGGACGCCUGCAGGACGCGGCGUCCGGCGGCCAGCGGGGCGAGAUGGACAGCCGGCCGCCCUGCAGCGCGGACAGGAGACGGGGAGGCGCAGACACCGAGGAGGUGAAGAAGCACCAGCACAAACACAACCUGAAGCACCGGUACGAGGUGAUGGAGACCCUGGGCAGAGGCACCUAUGGGAAAGUGAAGAAGGCGGUGGAGAAAGCCACCAUGAGAACGGUGGCGAUCAAGUCAAUCCGCAAGGAGCGGAUUACUGAUGACCUGGACAGAAUCCACAUCCAGAGAGAGAUCGAGAUCACUUCUUCACUCAGACACCCCAAUAUCACACGCUUCCAUGAAGUGUUCGAGAGCCGGGGCAAGAUCGUGAUCGUGAUGGAGUACGCCAGCAGAGGGGAGCUGUACGAUUACAUCCAGGAGAGGAAGCAACUGCCAGAACCAGAAGCCCGAAGCAUCUUCAGACAGAUCACAGCUGCCGUCCACUACUGCCACAAGAACGGUGUCGUGCAUCGAGACCUCAAACUCGAGAACAUCCUUUUAGAUCAAGACUUUAAUGUUAAGCUGGCUGAUUUUGGCCUUUCCAACUGUUUCCAGAGGGGCUCGUUGCUGCAAACCUACUGUGGAAGUCCUCUUUAUGCCUCCCCAGAGAUAGUGAAGGGGCUGCCAUACCAAGGACCAGAGGUGGACUGCUGGGCUCUGGGGGUUCUGCUGUAUGCGUUGAUUUACAGCAGCAUGCCAUUUGAUGGGGCCAAUCACGCUAAGCUCACAGAGCAGAUCAGCCAGGGCCAUUAUCGCAGACCCAACCCACCCUCAGACGCCUGUGCUCUCAUUGAUUGGCUGCUGACGGUGCGAGCAGACGAAAGGGCCACGAUAGAAGACGUGGCCAACCACUGGUGGGUGAACUGGGGUUAUGAGGAGAGCGUGUGUGACUGCCCUUCAUCGCCGCACCAAGAAUGCCCUUCCCCCCUGCUGGCUCGCUACAUCGACUGGCAGAAUCGGGUCGGCGCCACUGCCGACAUGACUGUCGACCCUGAGGCCCCAGACCUCUCCUGUCCCGAGACGUUUUACUUUAGCUCUCCUCUGAAGAACGAUUGUGGCAGGUUGGGAAGGAUACAUGGAGGAAUAUCGAACCUCAGAAAGUCCCGCAAAGAGAACGUCAUUCCCCAGAACUCCCCGGGAGCUUGUGGCGGUGUUUGUUCGACAGCUGCCUCUUCGAUUUCCAGCGGUGAAAGAAGGAAGCCUAAAGGCAUACUGAAACACCAGAGGAGCUUGGAUUCGGUCUUUCACAACCCGACGAAGGAGAACUCUUCCUCUCAGCAGUGCGGCACACUCCCCCAACCUCAUCAGACACAAACGCUUCCUCACACGCGCACGGAUAACUUGCCCAGAAGCCUUCCACAUCCUUCUGCRUUCAGUCAGCCUUCAUUUAAAAUGCCAAAGAAAGGAAUCCUGAAGAACUUGUAUGUUGGCGAGUCGGGUAAUGGUGCCAAAGGAAAAGGCUCCGAAGCGGGAGUCAAAGAUGGCGAUGCGGGACAGUCGGGCUCCCACAAACAGCAAACCCCUUCCCCAGCUGCAGAGGACAGCCUCGCCAUGCGCACAGAAGCGGUGAGGCGACGCAAGGGUAUUCUCAAACGGAACGGCAAAUUCUCCUGCAGUCUGGAUCUCCCCGACAGCCCCAGCCCGUCCCAGCCCUGUCCGGCCCUCGCAAUGUUCCCGGAGGCUCUGCAGAAUCUCCUACUGGCCACAGGGGCCGCCGAGGGCYGCCGCAGCCGCCCCUCCAGCGUGGUCAGCGAGGAUAGCCUCUUCUCCUCCGAUUCCUUCGACCUGCUGGACCUCAGCACCCAGUCGCAGCAAAAGUUUUUCUCUAACGUGACGCAGCGAAGCRUUUGCAGUGCUGAGGAGAACCUGGAGCAGACUGAGACUGUCGGGGCUGACACAGACAAAAAUGGACGAAAAGAAAUGCCAGUUUAAGUAGAGGAAAUAACACAUAUCCCCAAACUCUGGGAUAAUUGCAUCUCAAGUCCACCAACUCUCCUGAGUGUUGCAUCAAUAYAAGGCACCAUUUUUAAUGCAUCUGMUUGUAUUGGGUGAUUCYACAACCACAACAAAAUGAGCGACAAGUGAAACCUAAAGGGUUUCYGCUGCCCUGCCUGCCUGACUGAAUAUUCUGUUCCAUGAAUUCACUUUGACCUCACCUGUAGCUCACAUACAAUAUGAGGACCAAUACAGAUACAUCUAUUUUAAUGCUUUUCAAAACUCUGCACAAAAACAGAACUUUAAAUGCCACAUUUACAUCAUAUUUUCUCUAAUGGAAAGCACUUUUAGGAAAGCCAGUUUAAAUUUAUGUUGUGUGAUGCUAUAGCUUCUAAACUGAACAGGUGGAAUAUUUUAUGGCAACAUUUAUUAAUGUUUUGGAAGCAUCACACAAAUGUUAUUUCAGUGGUUUCUAGCAUAUUUGAAUGCAGAUUUGAUCUUCUGAAAAAAUGCUCUAUGUCUAAUUGGGUUUAUAUCCUUUAUUAUUUCUUCAUGCAUCACCCUGCUAAUGACAUGAUUGGCUUAAUUCGGGGCCCUUCAACAUCCGGCCAGCCAGUUUUAAGAUUUUUUUAUUAUUAUUGAAUUUUGAAUCCAUUAUUUAAAUUGUAUGCUUCAGGGCAACAAAAUAAGCCAUUUUAAAAGGUAAAAAAUAAUAAUACUUGUUCUUUUUUUUUACAUAAUGCAGCGUUUCCCCUACCACCAUUGGGCAACAGCGCCACCCCUGGCCCCUGCUGUUGGCUUUGAGUAACUGUGGCCCACUAAGCAAUAUAAUUGAAAAGCCCCGGCUUAAUUUAUUAAUAAUUUCAUUGAUAACAUCUGUGCAUAUCUGUAUCCAAGAGAGUCAAAGCMGCUGGUAUGUUUAUGCUUUACAUUUAAAUGCUGAAUAGGAAGCUAAAGUCAAGUUUUAUUAUACCAUCUUUUAUUAUAAAGUAUUCUUUACAGUGUUGGUUUAUGUUCAGUCUGCUCUUUUGCACCAACAGUCAGUGUGAACAAUAGAUUUACUGCGUUGCGUUUUGCUGUGACAACAACUGCGCUGCUGUGGAAGUUUAAGGUGAUGUGUGCAGAGGAUAUUUGUAACAUUAUGUUUUUAAUGUCAUGACUUUAACAAGGCAGUUAUGUGUGUUGGACUAUUUUGUAUGUUUGUUUUUGUUGUUCAGCUGUUGACAAUAAAUUAUUUGAACCUCAAACUA